AUGUCGAGCAGCCAGCAGAGCCCUGAGCCCGGGGAGGAGGACAGUGACACCGGCUUGGACUACUACGAUGAUGAGGACGAGAUCGCGGCGUUCGCAGAGGCUCAGCUGGGCGGCGAAGACGGAGAAUUAGCUUUCAAUGGUUCCUUAAAUGGAGAAGUCAAACCUCGGAUCUUGCUCAUGGGACUGAGGAGGAGCGGAAAGUCCUCCAUUCAAAAAGUUGUCUUCCACAAAAUGUCCCCAAACGAAACACUUUUUCUGGAGAGCACCAAUAAGAUCUGCAGAGAAGACGUGUCCAGUAGCUCCUUCGUCAGUUUCCAGAUAUGGGACUUCCCAGGACAGAUCGACUUCUUUGACCCUUCCUUUGACUAUGAGAUGAUCUUCAGAGGAACAGGCGCUCUCAUUUUUGUCAUUGACUCACAGGAUGAUUAUGUGGAAGCCCUUAGCCGACUGCACCUCACUGUGACCAGGGCUUACCAAGUCAACCCCGACAUCAGCUUUGAGGUCUUCAUUCACAAAGUGGACGGGCUCUCAGACGACCACAAGAUCGAGAAGCAAAGAGACAUCCACAAACGAGCCAAUGACGACCUGGCAGACGCGGGCCUCGAAAAAAUACAUCUGAGUUUCUACUUGACCAGUAUUUAUGACCACUCCAUAUUUGAGGCCUUCAGUAAAGUUGUUCAGAAACUCAUCCCUCAACUGCCUACGCUGGAGAACCUUCUCAACAUCUUUAUUUCUAACUCGGGCAUCGAGAAGGCCUUCCUGUUCGACAUAGUGAGUAAGAUCUACGUAGCGACGGACAGCAGCCCGGUGGACAUGCAGACCUAUGAGCUGUGCUGCGACAUGAUUGACGUGGUCAUCGACAUCUCCUGCAUCUACGGGUGA